GUGGAAGGUCCCAACCUGCCUAGAUCGGCGUACAGGCAGGUGUCGAAUCUAUUUGUACUGGUUGUUGUUGCCAGCCGCGGCCGCGUCGCAUCUUCUCGUUCAUCGUGGAUCCUCUGAGGACGCGGCGAGAUCGCAGUGCCGUAUCAAGGACACAGAGUGACAGAACGGAGUCGGAAGCACCGCUAACGAGAGUGUCGUCCAAGGGGUUGCGUUGGCGGGGCCGAGCCGGGAUUUAUGGAACCACCCCAUGGAUAGUAACAUGUCAACUGCCGCCUUCAUGCACCGGUCGGGUGGCUCCUCCAGCGCAUCAAAUACUGGCACGGGAUCAUCGACCGGUGGAGGUCCUGGGAACCCGGCAGGAGGCGGCAGGAUGGCCGUCAUUGGCGUGACUAGGAACGUACGUUUGAGACGUCGCGGCAAUGCCGGCUUUGGAUUCUCGUUACGUGGUGGACGCGAAUACGCCGCCGGAUUUUAUGUCAGUGAUGUCCAACCAGGUGGCGAAGCUCAUAGAAAUGGAUUGAGGGUAGGCGAUCAGAUUUUAAGGGUGAAUGGUUACCCGGUGGAGGACGCUGUUCAUCAGGAAGUCGCGCUCCUAGCGAAGAAUCAGCAAGUCUUGGUUCUUAAAAUUCGAAGCGUGGGGAUGAUACCCGUAAAGGACAAUCCGAACGAUCCGGUUACCUGGCACAUGGUGCAGCAACAGCAACAGCAGCUGCAAUACAACGAAACUGGUUUAGGCAACGUGCCGAACGCAGAAGUCAGAAUUCGGAUUCUCGUCGGCGAAAAGGGUCGUCUGGGCUGCGGUGUUUGCAGGGGCAUCGUACCUGGUCUCACCGUCCAGGGCACGAGAGAAGGGGGACCCGCGCGAGCGGCGGGUUUAAAGGCCGGCGACGUGAUAAUCUGGUGCAACGGGCAACGACUCACCGAUCUGCCAUUCGAGAGAGCUAUCGAGGUGAUGCGCAGUUCGGCGAUCCUCGAUCUCGUGGUGCAACGACCCGCGGUCCCCAAUCACCUUUACGACUGUCCCGAGCCGUUGUGGACGCGCGGCUCCAGCGGCUACGACUCCGAGACGUCUAGCGUUGUGGCGGCGAGCCCGCCGUCCCAGCAUCAGAACAACGCGCCGUCCUCGCCGCAGCAUCAUCAUCACGAUGGCAGGAUGCAUCAGCGAUAUCCGCGCGACGAUGCCUGCAAUCGAAACGGCAGGAUAUGCUGUCCUCUCGCCCUGUCGACCAGUAGCUGCAGUUCCUCCUCGGAGUGGACGCACGUGGAUCAGGCGCCGGAAUGGUCGCGAAAACCAAAUAACACGACCGUGAUUCGUGUUAAUCAGAGCUCGAACCAGAACCAUCGGCCUAUACCAGGCGGACAAUAUCACUUCAAUUCGCGCGGCAAUUACGAGGACGACAUCGAAAAUGAGCCGCUUUACGACCCUGUCGCGCCCAGGAUCGACUACGAGGUGCACGAUUUCGACGCGAAUCCACGAGACGAAGCCAAUCGGCGGCUGGCCUAUCGGCGAGAUAACGCGAGGCAACAGCAGGACGUGAUUUAUGAUGGACCCGCUGACGACUUGCCCAUGUACCACGGCUCCAAAGAGAACGGCCAAGCGGUCGGCAAUCGAUUGACAGACCUGCAGAGGCAGAGCGAGGCCGAGAGGAAGACGAUAACGACCGUGGAGGUGCAUCAGUCAGUUUGUCCACCUGCACCUCCGCCGCCGCUUCCUUACAAAUGGCCAGCAGAAACGAAACCGAUGAACGCUAUGGGUAUACAAAUGGGUAGUACCAUGUCGAUGGGCAGCACCGGCUCGACAGAAACUGAAUCGAGUCUCGAAUCGUCCUGCAGCAAAGAUUCCGCAUCGACAUCAUCAUCGCUAUCAACGUCGUCCUGCGAACCGGCGUCAACCGUUUCUUAUGGAUCGGCGACUGGCGGUGGAUCCAGCAGCGUCGCCAGCAAAACAACAGAGACUUCAACGACCGCAUACGCGACACCACGCAAGGAUGUCGCUAGGACGUCGCCAAUCGCCAGCACUGAUCUGAGCACUGCCAUUACACAAGAGUUGCAAAGGCGAGCGCAGCAGAGAAUGAAUAACGCCGCUAAAGCGGAAGCGCCAAAGGAAAAAACUCCGGACAUCCGCAAACCUCAGAAUCUUGAAGCUCUAAGGUCACAGGAGCAAAAAGUGACACAUGAUAAGUUGAUGGAGGAAUUUAAACGUGCACACCAAAAGAUGUUCAACUCUGCUCAACAAAAGGCACAGUCAACGGAUCAAGUUCUCGAGAAGGAACAAGAAAAAAGAGUGCUCAAUGAUACCUCGACAACGGCAACGGCAACAACGACGGCGACGAUGAGUCCUCCAAUGCCUCCUCCGGCGCCUCCUCCACUUCCGCUCUCUUCGAAAAAUCGAGGCAAUGACGACUCGGUGGAGAUGCAGAGCAUCGAGUCGUUCAAACUGAAAGAGGCACCCAACACAGUACCGAAGCCGCCGCCGACAUACUUUCCGGUGACGAAUCCGGUCUCGAACGGAAGUCCACAACAUGUUGGUACCGGAAGCAAGGUCCCCAAGGAUGCCGCGACGAGUCCCGUUGCAGAGCUCGCCAAGACGUCGUUCUCAUCGGUCUCGCCGACCAAUGGCCCACAGAUCUCGAAACCUCUCGUUGGAAGCAAGGUGGCCGUCAGGAUAGGGGCGUACGAGGGUGAGACGAAGCAGCCAUCCAGAUUGGAAUUCUUGCCGCAACAGUCGAGUCGCGACAGAAACGGCGUCGUCGACGAGGCGUCCAACAGCCCUGUCGUGUCCAGAUUGCAAAACGAACUCGUAGCGACCCUGCAAAGAUCAAACCUCAGAAGAAAGACUGAAGGAGUAGAAAAUCAGUCGCCCGUGAAGACUAUUUCCGAAAACGCGGCGGCACCCAGUAACGAUACAACGAAUUCUGAGCCGAGCAAGCUUCUUCAGAGCAAUGUCGAGAAGCUCGCAUCCGCUCUCAGCAACAAAGUCACCAUCAGAGUGAAUCCGGAGAACAAUAGUCGAUAAGAAUAUAAUUGAGUCGAGAGAAUGUCGGAACAAUCUUUGUAUGUAUCUUCGUAAAUUUUGUACAUUUUUGCACGUUUCGAUGCUAACCAUUUAUUAUAAGUAAAACGGCGCUCCCUCUCUAUUAGAGGUUCUUUUACACAUGUACGUGUUUUUUAUAUCUUAUUUAUUAUCGUAUUAUACACCGAGUAAAUAAAGUAAAGGAGCUAAUUCUUAUUAAUCGACGAGGUUUUACGACCAGUAUUUACCACGUAGUCUCUAUCUUGGAAUGUAAUCUACUACAAUCGCGACUCUAUGUACGAAUAUUAACAGAAAAUUCGACGAGAGGUUGAAUUUUUAAAUAAAAACGACGAUAUACUUAA